AUGUACGUGAGCUACCUCCUGGACAAGGACGUGAGCAUGUACCCUAGCUCCGUGCGCCACUCGGGCGGCCUCAACCUGGCGCCGCAGAACUUUGUCAGCCCCCCGCAGUACCCGGACUACGGCGGUUACCACGUGGCGGCCGCGGCCGCUGCUGCGGCGAACUUGGACAGCGCUCAGUCCCCAGGACCAUCCUGGCCCACCGCGUACGGCGCCCCUCUCCGAGAGGACUGGAAUGGCUACGCGCCGGGGGGCGCUGCCGCCGCCAACGCGGUAGCUCAUGGCCUCAACGGGAGCUCCCCGGCCGCCGCUAUGGGCUACAGCAGCCCCGCCGAAUACCACGCGCACCAUCACCCACACCAUCACCCUCACCACCCGGCCGCUGCGCCGUCCUGCGCUUCCGGCUUGCUGCAGACGCUCAACCCGGGCCCUCCGGGGCCCACAGCCACCGCCGCCGCCGAGCAGCUCUCCCCCAGCGGCCAGCGGCGAAACCUGUGCGAGUGGAUGCGGAAGCCCGCCCAACCGUCCCUAGGAAGCCAAGUGAAAACCAGGACGAAAGACAAAUACCGAGUGGUGUACACAGACCAUCAACGGCUGGAGCUGGAGAAGGAGUUUCACUAUAGUCGGUAUAUCACCAUCAGGAGGAAAUCCGAGCUGGCUACCACCCUGGGCCUCUCGGAGAGGCAGGUUAAAAUUUGGUUUCAGAACCGCAGAGCCAAGGAAAGGAAAAUCAACAAGAAGAAAUUGCAGCAGCAGCAGCAGCAGCCGCCGCAGCCGCCGGCGGCGGCACCGCCCCCACCUCAGUCGGCCCAGCCUCAGCCAGGUGCACUGAGGAGCAUACCGGAACCCCUGAGCCCCGUGUCUUCCCUGCAAGGCUCGGUGCCUGGUUCUGUCCCUGGGGUUCUGGGGCCAGCUGGAGGGGUUUUAAACUCCACUGUCACCCAGUGA